GAAGUGCCCCCGGGGGACACUUCGCCGCCCGACACGGGGCCUCCCGUAUCCCAGGGUGGCCUCCCCGCCGCGGCAGCCCGGCUGUCCGGGGUGCCGGGGUGUGAGCAGCGGCUUCGUGCCGCCGGGCCCGCGCAGCUCCCGUUUUUGGAAGCAGGAUCUGGGACCGGCCAUCCCCCUGCUUCAGCGUCUCCAGCGAGGUGCUGGGCGUCCCUGCUGGGCAGCCAUGCCUCCCUCAUUACACCCGGGGGCAGCUGGAUGACGUCAGCGCCCAGGAGGCCUUCCAGCUGGGCACAGCCUGUCAGUCCUGUUUGGGAAGCAUCCGCCAGGGUCUUUGCAGAGCGCCCUUCUCAUAGCUGUAGAUGUCUGCUUCCGUGUUAAUUCACCCAUGAGAGUGUCUGUGAACUGGGUGUGUCGUCCUGCGCCUGUCAGGCCGCGCAGGGGGCGCGGAGGGGAGGAGUGAAGUGAAAUGUACCGCACGGGGCUUCGGCGACUGUGGAGGAAUCUCACGUGAAGUCGUGGGAGGAUCAGCUAGGCAGCCGUGAGAUCCAGUUUCCAGAUCUGUCAUCCAAGCUGUCCUGAAGGGGGUCUGUCCUCAGUUCGGGGUUUGCGUCCCAGGAGAUGGGGUCACUGGAGGUCAUCCUCCAGGUCCCCGGGGCCUGGCUUCCAUCCGUGCCUCCUCCUGUGGGCAUCGUGUGGAGCCUGUGACACGGGAGAAGCCGUGCGAGCCAGCGGCCGAGAGAGCAGCACAGCAGAAACCAUGGGCUUCUGCGUGAGGCCACCUCCUGUGACGGAGAUGGCCCAACAGCGCCUUGGGAAGUGGUGGAUAUGGAGGUUGCCGGAGGUCGUCGCCAUGGUGACGGAGCAGGAGGUGGAGGCGAUAGGGAAGACCCUGGUGGACCCCAAGGAGCCUCUGCAGGCCCGCUUCCGGGCCCUGUUCACGCUGCGGGGACUCGGGGGCCCGCACGCUAUCGCCUGGAUCAGCCGGGCCUUCGAGGACAGCUCUGCCCUGCUGAAGCACGAGCUGGCCUACUGCCUGGGCCAGAUGCAGGACUCGCGCGCCAUCCCAGUGCUGAUGGACGUGCUGCGCGACACGAGCCAGGAGCCCAUGGUGCGACACGAGGCGGGGGAAGCUCUGGGGGCGAUCGGCAACCCGGAAGUUCUAGACCUCCUCAAACAGUAUUCUACGGACCCAGUGGUUGAGGUGGCUGAGACGUGCCAGCUGGCUGUCGGGCGUUUGGAGUGGUUGCAGCAGCACCCUGGAGAGGCCGGGAGUGCAGGACCCUACCUCUCCGUGGAUCCGGCACCCCCUGCAGCCGAGCAGGACGUGGGACGGCUGCGGGAGGCCCUGCUGGACGAGGCGCUGCCACUCUUUGAACGGUACCGCGCCAUGUUUGCCCUGCGCAACGUGGGUGGCGAGGAGGCGGCUUUGGCCCUGGCUGAAGGUCUGCGCUGUGGCAGCGCUCUCUUCCGCCAUGAGGUGGGCUACGUGCUGGGCCAGCUGCAGCACGAGGCGGCUGUGGGCGAGCUGGCGGCCACCCUGGCGCGCACCAACGAGAGCGCCAUGGUGCGACACGAAUGCGCAGAGGCCCUGGGUGCCAUCGCCAGGCCCGCCUGCCUGGCCGCACUGCGGGAGCACAGCACCGACGCCGAGCGUGUGGUGCGGGAAAGCUGCGAGGUAGCGCUGGACAUGUACGAGCACGAGUGCGGCCUGGACUUCCAGUAUGCCAACGGGCUGGAGCGCCUGCGGCCGCCGCCCUGACCUGGCAGCACCCGGCACUGCCUAGGACUACCCAGGACUCUGCCGUCGUGUGAUGUCCUGCAGUGGGCAGGGUUCUGCGGGCCGUGCCCUGCCUGUGGGACUCUUCCAGCGGCUCCAGACUUGGGGGCCAGUCAGUUGUGCGUGCCACCUUGAUUCCCAUCCUCCACAGCUGCCUCUCUGGAUGCUGGUGCACAUUGCUCCCUCCUGGAUCUGUCUGGCUAUAAUUUUAUUGUUCCAGACUGGCGCACUGCGGUGUGGGAGCUUCCGAAUACCAGGGGAUGGUCAGGUUUGAGAUGCCGGGGAAGGUUGUGGGGUCUCAGGUCGGCGAAUACUUCCGACCUCGCAGGGUUAGGGGCAGUGUAUGGGCGCCUCAUGUCUGGGCCAUCAGGGGGCACAAGCCGACUCCAGGACG